UACCAGAGGAUGACAGAACGUUUCCUCUAGUUUCUGGAUAAUGAGCAAGCACACAGGGUGUGAACGGCAUGUCUGUGGAUGAGAAGCCUGACUCCCCCAUGUAUGUGUAUGAGUCCACAGUCCACUGCACCAACAUCCUCCUGGGCCUCAAUGACCAGCGGAAAAAGGAUAUUCUCUGUGACGUGACUCUGAUCGUGGAAAGGAAGGAGUUCCGGGCCCACCGGGCUGUGCUGGCCGCGUGCAGUGAAUACUUCUGGCAGGCGCUGGUUGGGCAGACGAAAAAUGACUUGGUGGUCAGCUUGCCCGAGGAGGUCACGGCCAGGGGCUUUGGGCCUCUGUUACAGUUUGCCUACACCGCCAAGCUAUUACUCAGCAGAGAAAACAUCCGCGAGGUCAUCCGCUGUGCUGAGUUCCUGCGCAUGCAUAACCUGGAGGACUCCUGCUUCAGCUUCCUGCAGACGCAGCUCCUGAACAGUGAGGAUGGCCUGUUCGUGUGCCGGAAGGACGCUGCGUGCCCGCGCCCGCAAGAGGACCGCGAGAACUCCGCGGGAGAGGAGGAGGAGGAAGAAGAGGAGACGAUGGACUCCGAGACGGCCAAGAUGGCGUGCCCCAGGGACCAGAUGCUUCCAGAGCCCAUCAGCUUUGAGGCCACCACCAUCCCCGUAGCCGAGAAGGAGGAAGCGCUGCUGCCCGAGUCCGAUGUGCCGGCCGACAACAAGGAGAGCUCCGAGAAGGACGCGUUGACGCAGUACCCCAGAUACAAGAAGUACCAGCUUGCAUGUACCAAGAAUGUCUAUAACGCAUCGUCACACAGUACCUCAGGUUUUGCAAGCACAUUCAGUGAAGAGAACUCUAGCAACAGCCUCAAGCCGGGGCUUGCCGUGGGGCAGAUUAAAAGUGAGCCGCCCAGUGAAGAGAACGAGGAAGAGAGCAUCACGCUCUGCCUGUCCGGGGACGAGCCUGACAGCAAGGACAGAGCCGGGGACCUCGAAAUGGACCGGAAACAGCCCAGCCCCGCCCCCGGCCCCGCCCCCACCGCCGGGGCCACCUGCCUGGAGAGAUCCAGGAGCGUGUCCUCCCCCUCCUGUUUAAGGUCUCUGUUCAGCAUAAAAAAUAGUGUGGAGUUGUCUGGCUUGCCCAGUACCUCUCAGCAGCACUUUGCCAGGAGUUCGGCGUGCCCUUUUGACAAGGGGAUCACUCAGGGUGACCUUAAAACUGACUAUGCCCCUUUCCCGGGGAAUUACGGACAGCCUCACCUGGGCCAGAAGGACGUGUCCAACUUCACCAUGGGGUCGCCCCUCAAGGGGCCUGGGUUGGAGGCUCUCUGUAAACAGGAAGGAGAGCUGGACCGGAGAAGUGUGAUCUUCUCCUCGAGCGCUUGUGACCAAGUGAGCACUGCGGUGCAUUCGUAUUCUGGGGUAAGCAGUUUGGACAAAGACCUCUCCGAGCCGGUGCCAAAGGGUCUGUGGGUGGGGGCUGGCCAGUCCCUCCCCAGCUCACAGGCCUACUCCCACGGUGGGCUGAUGGCUGACCAUUUGCCAGGAAGGAUACGGCCCAACACUAGCUGCCCGGUGCCAAUCAAAGUCUGCCCUCGCUCGCCCCCUUUGGAGACCAGGACCAGGACUUCCAGCUCAUGCUCCUCCUAUUCCUACGCAGAGGACGGGAGCGGGGGCUCGCCCUGCAGCCUCCCUCUCUGCGAGUUCUCCUCCUCGCCCUGUUCCCAGGGAGCCAGAUUCCUAGCCACAGAACAUCAGGAACCAGGCCUGAUGGGAGAUGGAAUGUACAACCAAGUCCGACCCCAAAUUAAAUGUGAGCAGUCUUAUGGAACCAACUCCAGCGACGAAUCCGGAUCGUUCUCGGAAGCAGACAGUGAGUCGUGUCCCGUGCAGGACAGGGGCCAGGAGGUCAAACUUCCGUUUCCUGUAGAUCAAAUCACAGAUCUUCCGAGGAACGAUUUCCAGAUGAUGAUUAAGAUGCACAAGCUAACCUCAGAACAGUUAGAGUUCAUUCACGACGUCCGGCGGCGCAGCAAGAACCGCAUCGCGGCCCAGCGCUGCCGCAAGAGGAAACUGGACUGUAUUCAGAAUUUAGAAUGUGAAAUCCGCAAAUUGGUGUGUGAGAAAGAGAAGCUGUUGUCAGAGAGGAACCAACUGAAAGCCUGCAUGGGGGAGCUGCUGGACAACUUCUCCUGCCUUUCCCAGGAAGUCUGCCGCGACAUCCAGAGCCCUGAGCAGAUCCAGGCCCUGCACCGGUACUGCCCCGUCCUCAGACCCAUGGGCCUCCCUACAGCCUCCAGUAUUAACCCCGCACCUCUGGGCGUCGAGCAGAACCUGGCCGCCUCGCAGUGCGCCGUGGGGGAAGGCGCGCCCUGCUGCUUGGAGCCCGCGGCCGCUCCGCCCGGGCCUCCCUGGGCCUCCGGCGGCGGCGCCCCGGAGAACUGUACUUCCAGGAGGCCGGAGGGCGCUGAGCCGGGAACCUUCUCAGAGAGGGCGCCUGCUCUGGAAUCCAGGAGCCAGACGGUGACCGUGGACUUCUGCCAGGAGAUGACUGAUAAGUGUACGACCGACGAGCAGCCCAGGAAAGAGUACACCUAGUGACCCGGCCCGCCUCCCAGCCUUCCCACCUCGCCCACCUGGGUGUUCUACGGUCAGCCUGCGGUGCUCUUCAUCUGUUGUCUGGAAGAACCAAGAAGGAAUUUGGUGCACACUACAGCGUUCUUAGCAGCAAUACUGUUUCUAAGUAUUCCCUCCUCUCUUCACGCGGGAGUGAUACACAGUUCCCUUCACAAUGGUGCUACCCCUUGCCCAGGCAAGGAAAGACGGUGGUGGCGACACUGCCUGUCUGUGGGUUAAUUUCAGUCUCAACAGGGAUAGACUAUAACACCUCUAGGACCCAACCACGGAUUUUUUUUCUCAGUGGCCCAUGUCACAAACCCUAUCUCAGGAAUUUCUUCUGAAUGUUCAAUUUUUUUCAUUGAAGACAGCUUCUAUACACAUCAAA